UUCCUGUUUUUCCUCCAGCUGCCUCCUCCCCUCCCUCUACUCCGGGCGGGAACUGAGGGGGGUGGGGAGGAGGGAGCAGCAAAGUUGGCCAGGGUCGCUUUUCUGAUUCCAAGCAGGCUGGGGGCCAGGACGGCCUCCCUGAACAGGGGGGGUUGGGGGUGGGGCACAUAUAGCUCUGGAUCCCGCUGUUGCCUCUCCGCACUUGCUCUUCGGGCCACAGCAGGAACGAGAGGCUCCUGGAAAACGCCCAGCUUCUCGCCAGCUCUUCCAUGAGCACACCCUGGGCCUGGGGCCUGAGAUCUCUCCAUGCAGGAGCAGCCACAAACUCCAGAGGCGGCGGCAACGCCAGCCACACCGGCCACACCACCAGCGCCACCACCCCCGGCCCCGCCGCCCAACCAACUGCCUCCAGUCCCUUCACUGCCAGUUUUUGUGGACCAUGCAAAACAGCCAAGCAAGGAACUCAUUAAGCCCAAAGCAAUUUUCGGGCGCCCAGUAGAGAGACCCACAGAGGCUGUUCCUGCUGAUGCUGCUGGUGGCGCUGCUGCUGAGGAGUGCCCGGGACCAGGUGCCAGGGGAGUCGGAGUGAAAAACCAUCGCUGUCAGCGGAUCCGAGCCAGCCGAGAAGCAGGCUCACGGUUUACCAUGGAGGGCUCGGACGAUAAACUGAUCCUGAAUGUGGGGGGCAUGCGCCACGAGACCUACGUCAGCACCGUGCGGGCCUUUCCAGGCACCCGCCUCUACAAGCUGACCGAGCCGCCACCGCCUGGCAGUCCAGCUGCUCAGGGCCCACCGGUCCGGGAGUUUUUCUUUGACCGAAAUCCUGAGCUCUUUGGCUAUGUGCUGGGCUAUUACCGUACUCGGCAGCUGCACUGCCCUGCCGACGUUUGUCGGGAUGUCCUAGAGGAGGAGUUGGCUUACUGGGGCCUGGCGGAAGCGCCACUGGCACCUUGCUGCUGGCUCAAGCUGAGUGGCAGGGAGAUCCGUACCCAGGACUUCCUCUCCUGGGAGGCCUGUGAGAAUGCCCACGUGGACGAACGCCUUCUGCUGAACCCCGUCGAAAGCCAGGGGCUGCGGAAUUCUUGGAAGCCGUGGCUCUGGGUGCUUCUUGAUCAACCCCGGUCUUCCCUAGGGGCCAAGUGCCUGUCCCUGAUCUCCACACUCUUCACCGUGUGUGCCCUGGUCAUCUUCUUCCAAGAGACAGAGGUCCAGCUGGAUUACUUCUCUGCCAACUUCACUCCCAUGGGACAUGGGGUAGGGGCUAGGGGAAACCACCAGCAACCGCAGUCACAGCCGCAGCCGAACCAUGGUCUCGUGUUCCACCGUGCCCCCCACCUGCUCUACCUGGAGCUGCUCUGUGCCCUUUGGUUUGGAACUGAGCUCUUUGCUCGGGCCAUUUCCUGCCCUGAUAAGGUGCGCUUCCUAUGCAGCCCUCUGAAUCUGGCUGACAUUUUCUGUUUGUUCCCUGUGCUGGUGGAAUUGGUGUUGGGUGAAAAGGCUGAAGGGCAACCCCGACUAAGCCUGACGCUUGGGGCCAUUCGCUCUCUCUAUGUCCUCAAGCUGGUUCGCCUGCUGGGCUUCCUGGAAAAGUCCCUGGCCCUGAGAGUUCUGGUUCACACCCUGCACUCAUCCUGGAAAGAGGUGUGUGCCUUUCUCCUGAUUUGGGUGGCUGAAAUCUUAUUCUUUGGCUUACUCCUCCUCUAUGGGGAGCUCCUGGGCAUGUCCACGCCAGGUCAAGGAGAGCCCCAUUUUGGAGACAUCUUCACGUGCCUGUGGUGGACCGUGAUAACACUCACCACUGUUGGCUAUGGGGACAUCUAUCCUCUCUCUGCUCUGGGCCAGCUGACUGCUGCUGUCACAGCCACUGUGGGCAUGUGCACUGGUGUCUUGCUGGUGCCUGUGCUCCUGGUCCGCUUCCAGCGCUAUUAUGCAGUAGCCCUGGCUCACCAGAAAUUAAGACCCAGUGGAAUCCUGUAACAGACACAUUGAUCAAAAGGGGUGGACCCCACCUUCCCUUCCUUCCUCUUGCCAGUUUUUAGUUACAGAUAAGGAUUUCUGAUUUUGGACUUGGCAAAGAAUCCUUCAGGAAUAGCCCCAGGUCAUCGCAGUUCUUGCUAACCAAGGCCUACAGAUCAGGUUGCUCCCCGUUAUUAAGGGGGCACCCUGGAGGAAGGGGAUUAGGGGCCUCAUCUUUCCCCUGCCCCACCCUAGGGCUUUCUCUUAAUUCUAGAAUGACCAGGAAGGAGAAAGUGUAGCUCUUCCUGGAUUGGUGCUAUAUCCCCCUCUCAACUAGCUCUCUUCCCUCCCAUCCACUCAUCCUGCCCCCCCACCAAUCAGACCCUAGUCUAGAUGGGGGACUUUUGAGUGAUGGUAGCUGUAGGCUGUCAACAUCAGUUGCCUAUGGGUAUCAAUGGUGAUUGGCUGUGGGUUUUGAUAGCAGUUUUCUGUGAUUAUCUGACAGCAACUGGUUAUGGCUAUUGAUGACGAUUGGUACCUUCUGUACCCAGACAUAGCCAGAGUGUAGCAUUGCUCUCCAUACUGCUCCUAAGACAAAUGCUCCUAAGAGCCACAAGGAGGCCUCUGCAGAUUCUCAGAGACUCUUAAGCAGAUGCAGGUCAGCCAGGUCUGAACCUGAAGUACUCUAAAUCCAUGACCUCCUCAGCCCAUUUUAUCCUUGCCCAAUCCUCCCCGCUCCUUCCCAUCUCUUUCAUUAUUUUCAUAGUAUUUCAGAUAUAGUAUUAGCCAUCAUUAAUCACAAUACAUUAGCCAAUAUUAGUCACAGUAUCUCAGCCACAAUAACAGUAUGUAGUCACUGAUAGACAUGAAACGUUAUUGUUGCACAUUGCAUGGACAGGAAUGAGGAAACUGGGAUUGUUGGCGAGAAUAGGUAGGCAAUUUCCUCUUUCAAAUUUUUAAAAUCGAUAUCUGGAUUUUAUUCAUUUACAAUUUUUUAUUUUUUUCGGAACACUUUUCAGUACCCACAACGGGUCUACCUCCAAUCCUCGCUGCUAUUGAAUACACCCACCUUCCCACCUCUUCCUCUUGGUUUUUUUUUUUUUUUUUUUACUACCUGCAUGCUCUUCCCUCCCAGCUUUCUUUUUUUGUGGUGCCUUCCCACCGUGCACCCCUCUUGGAACUGGCUUCUAGGAGGGAAAGAAGGGACCUCCUCAGGUCUGACUUCAACUCAAGCCACUGGUUUGUCUGAGGAAGUGCCCCAGGCCACUGGGCUGUGCUGGGAGGUUGAAGUGAACUCUCGCUGUUGCGGAAGCUGUGAGCAUAAAUUCUGUUUACAA